AUGAGAUGGGAAAGCCUACCAAUUGUCCUGAACUCGAACGCCCCGAUGCUCAACAAGCACCUCCAUCAAGACAUGAGCGUGUACCCUGGCAACCUGCUCUCUAGUGAGUUGGAGGAUACUUUGGAAAACAGAUGCUCAAGGCGAGUCACUGAGGCAUCAAGGUUGACCAAGGACGAGGAAGUUCUGGCUUCUGCCGAUGACAAAGAGCUCUCCAAAAGAAAUGAUGACGCCUUUGAGGUGGUUGGGGUGGUGUUGGUGCUGGUGCCUCUUAUGCUGGCUCCGACUCGGGUGUCUGGUCCACCACGGGGUGGAACAAUGCCGCAAGUCAAUGACCUGAAUGAACCAGAUGUUUCUCUUGACUUGGAGCAAUCCCAUGAUGCCGAGUGUCUCCACAAGGAAGAUCUCUGUCAACCCCACCUCCAUGUAGAUCAUGGUGUCUACUCUGAAGUAUUGGGCUAG